AUGGCAGAGGCUGCAGACCCCGCCCGGGUGGGGCCCCGAUGCCGCCUCCUGACUGCCGCGCUGCUCCUGGCCCAGGCGGCGCCUCGGGGGGCCUCCCAGCAGUGCGGGCGCCUCGAGUACUGGAACCCUGAUAACCGGUGCUGCGGCAGCUGCCUGCAGCGCUUUGGGCCGCCCCCCUGCCCGGACUGCGAGUUUUCGGAAAACUGCGGGCUCGAUGACUCUGGCGAUCACGUGUCGCGCCCCUUCAAAGAGUGUCCUAUUGGGCAGUGCAACCCCGACAAUGCGGAGCUAUGUAGCCCCUGUGGCGGCGGAGCCACGGCCCCUGCUCCCGCGGGGAGCCGGAGCGGAACACAGCGGCGCUGCAGAGAGAGGUCGGUCCCUCCCAAGGAGCCCUGCCCCCUGAAGUCUGGGAGACCAAUGGUCCUUAGCUCCCAGGAGCCCAGCCCAUCGGCGAUCUCCAGUCUUUCGUGGACAUUGGAGCGCAAGGUCGCUCAGCAGGCCUUGCCGAAUUUUGCCCUGCUGGUCGUGCUGGUUCUCAUGGUGCUGGGUCUGCUGGUGACCUCAGCAGUGAUCCUCCUGCUCGCCCAGCGGUGCCACCGCCAGGCGAAAGUUGUCCUCCACCCAUGUCCUGGCGUGGUUUGUGGCAACACCAACAUCCAUAGCCUCUUCCCCGCACACUCGUCCUCUUCAGGCUCCCAGGAGGCAUCCGAGGCAGGGGCCCCACCGAAGGAGGCGGCUCUGGUUCCACUCGUGGGCAGAGAACUGCCGAAGCUGGCCUCGCAGCCCCUGUCUCGCCUGCUGGAGGAGCUGGAGGUGCUGGAGGAGCUCAUGGUGCUGCUGGAUCCCGAGCCUGGGCCAGGUGGGGGGACGGCCUGUGGCACCACGAGACACCUGGCAGCGAGGUACGGGCUGCCUGCCGCCUGGUCCACCUUCGCCUACUCACUGCGGCGCAGUCGCUCGCCACUGUGGGCCUUGGUUGAGAUGGUGGUGGCGAGGGAGCCCUCUGCUUCUCUGGGCCAGCUCGGCACACACCUGGCCCAGCUAGGGCGGGCAGACGCGCUGCAGGUGCUGUCCAAACUCGGCUGAUCCGGGCCUUGCCCAGCCUCGUUCUCAAUAAAAUUUCCCGUGAAAGAAGCGCCUGCCGUCUCUGGGCCUCAUUAA